UGAACAUAUACUCUCUGUUUGGAAUACCUCUCUUCAUAUGGGUCGGCCUAGCUGCGUGCCCGAUCGCUUUAUGCAUGUUCGUUGGAUCUACUACAAAUCGAAUACCUUUCUUUCAUCAGUAUCUUUCAAUUUUGAGCGUUGCCGGUUCGAUAUUCGUUGUACGCGUUUGUUGCGCUGAGGCCUUCAAUGCGCUCGUAGUACUCAGCAUCUUUACUGGAUUGAGUAGUUCUUUCAUUGGCGUCACGCUUCUGACAUGGGCUAAUAGCAUUGGCGAUUUAAUUGCCAAUCAAUACUUGGCUCGUCAAGGCUAUCAAAAUAUGGCGCUAGCUGCAUGCUUCGGUGGACCUAUAUUUAAUUCACUGCUUGCGGUUGGUUCUACUCUACUAUACAAAACAUUGACAGAGGAUAACUUCCUACUAAAG